CCGGGCGGGGGCAGUGGGGGAAGCCUCGGGGGCCGCCGGCCCCGCGGAGCCCUGAGCGGGGAGCGCUCCUGCUGCCCCCCGGUCACGCCGGCGGGGCGGGGCCGGGCCGGCCGGUAGCAAACGGCGUUCCCCGCGGCCUCCGUUUUUUGAUGUGUUUGUCGAGGCCCCCGGUGUCUGUUGCUGGAGGGGCGCUGAGGGUCGGGCUGUUGGGUAACGCCAGGUGGUCCCGAACCCGGCUGGGCCAGGCACACGCCUGUGUGUGGAGUCACGGAUGCAGAAAGAACGCCGGGCUGAGGAAAACUUAGAAUCAUAGCGUUAUUAAAUAUGCUGAGUUUCAAGGGACCCACAAGGACCACCGAAAUCCGAUUCUUGGCCCUGCACAGAUCAGCCCUGAGAAUCGCACCGUGUGUCUGCAGAGUUGUCCAAAAGCUCCUUGAGCUUGUCUUGCUUGGGGCCGUGACUCCCUCCCUGGGGAGUCUGUUCCAGUGACCAUCAGCCCUUUGGGUGAAGAGCCUUUAAUAUCCAGCCUAAAAUUCCCCUGACGCAGCUUCAUUCUGUUCCCUCGGGUGCUGUCACCGGUCACCAGAGGGCAGAGAUCAGCACCGUAAAAAAACCUUGCAUACUUGCUAGUUCUCUUCAUGAAAUAUUUUAACAGAGUAUCAGUGAUGGAAAAAUGAAAACAAACAAAAAAGUUGAUUAAAAAAAAACUUCAUGAUUAAUGCCCGUGGUAAAAGAGUUAAAGGGCCUGGGCUUCCGUCCCCCCGCGCACUCGCACAGCGACUGGAUCGGGCCCCCGGACAAGCACUCCAACCUGCGCCCCAUCAUCUUCUACGUGCCCCCCGAGGAGUCGGCGCUGGAGCGGCGGCUGCGGGAGGCGCGCCAGGAGGCCCAGGCCAGCAACCAGCGCUUCUGGGCACGGCACAACCGCGCCUUCCGCCAGGAGAAAGAAGAAUUUAUUUAUUCAAGACUGAAAGCCAAGGGUCUGGAAAUGAAAGAUGAAUCAGGUCAAAAAGCAACACUGAAUGCAGAAGAAAUGGCUGACUUUUACAAGGACUUUCUAAGUAAAAAUUUUAAAAAGCAUUUGCAAUAUAACAGAGAUUGGUAUAAACGUAACUUUAGGAUCACAUUCCUCAUGGGACAAGUGGCACUGGUGAGAGCUCUGAGGUGGCUUCGUUGGAGAAAGAAACUAGAACAGUAAUCACAGAUCCAUGAAGAACACAACACUGUAUGCUGAAAACUUGUGGUUUAUAAUAAUGUUCAAAAUCUGAGUUGUUGAUGCCAUAAUUACUUGAAUUUGUUUGUUAAUCUAUGUAAAUAAAAGUCAACACUGGUCUUAAUUUAUAAGCAGUAUGUAGAUUUCCUUUAUACCCUUUAUUCCAAGAAUAUCUAAAAUAUUUCUCCACCAAAACACAACCAAGAAAACUUCUAAAAGCUGUUCCUUGUUCAUAUCAGAUGGAAUGACUUUCCUGUUUUUACUAUGGAGUUAUGCUGCUAAAUAAUACGAGAUUCAGUGUGCUAUACCUGAACCCUGGUCUCAGAAUGAUGUCUCCACUAACUAUAUAUUAGUAUAUAAAGACAAAAAUGCCUCAUUUUGCAGCAGUUGCUUGCCUGGGGCAGUAGCUAUCCAUAAGUUAUACAAAAUGGGUGAAGAAACAAAUUUGAUUUGUGGAUAUAUAUAUACAGUAAACGUAGAAUAAUCCUCUCUUCAGUGUGAUUAUUUGCUAUUUUUAAUAAAUAUUUAAGAUAUUACUUAAUAUAAAGUGCUAAUGCAAUAGGAUCUUCUUAGAUUUUUUCUUUUUAAUUAAGAGAAAUGUGCCUGCCUUGGACAAGAGCUCCUCUGAUCCACGAUUGGUAAAUGUUUUAGUUGCUGAGCAAUUUAACAAAUGUGCUGCCUGUCAUUUAAUAUUGGUAGAAGAUGAAACUGGUAACUCCUGCAUGGAGAACAACAUUACUACAUGUAUACACUGCUUUCUCCUGGUUCAUUUCUUCCAAAAAAAUGUGCUGUUCUCACCAGUUUCUCCAAGGCACUGAAAACAACUUGCCUGAGGGUUGUUUUGGUGGCCUCCAGUAGGUACCAUCAGUUAGAAGGAGCUUGGUUCAAGUGAAGUCUUAAAAUAUUAUGCCAUGUAUUUUUAAUUUAAAAAAGUCUCAUUCCUCACUAUCAUUUAUACAGUUAAAUGAUUUUUUUUUUUUUUUAUCCAGUACCUACUAAGAGGAUUCUGUUAAAAAGAAUGUAGGCUGUCAGAUGAAGUGCUUUCCUAAAGCUGUGCUGUAGUGAAGGCUCUGCUUUUGGAAACAUCAUCUCAGUAGCCAUUGACCUAUUUUUCAUAUCUAAACAUGACAUGAUUUAUUCACAGACUUUUUCAACUGGAGCAAAAAGCUUUGUCCACAUCAGCUAUAAUAAUUGCUCUGCAAAAUGAAAUAAAUGUUACUAAUACAGUAGCAGAUCCAGUGUUUCAUGCAACUAUAUUAUUUGGGCUAAAGUGGCCCCUGAAUUGUGAUUUUAAGUGUUAUUAGUAAAUGAAAACAGUAAUUAAUGGUGUUUUCUCAGAUAAUAACCAACACUUUGAAAAUAUUUGUGAAUUUUAUACUGUAUCAGUACUGUAAAGGUUAUAUAUUUAUUAAAAAUUUACAAAAUGCCAUGUUUAAGAAAA